GGUAUCUUCAGCGCAAUUGUCCUCGCUAUCACCCGCUUUUGGUAAAAAGGGACACUUUUAGAUUUUUAUGUGAAGGCAAUGUACUGGAACUGAUACCUGCUGGCGCAAAUUUACCCACAGUACGAGUAGGAAAGGGUCUGAGACCGCCAGCAUGUCAACGACUCUAGAACGUCGUCGCCUGCUGAAAGGGGAGAUCACAUACUCCGCUGCCAAAGAACGUGAAACCAAUGUCUUACAUACGUUAGGCUACUGGAAUCAGCAAAAUAAUUUUCUUGGAGACUUACUCAAGAAGAGUAAUCUUGUUGAAGCUACAGUCGCACACCACCUCGGUUUGAGAUCGACAAGUUGUCACGUUGCCGACUCAAAGGAAUGGCUCUCUGGAACUUUCAACGUUUGCAUACCAGUUUACGUUGAUGGGGUUAGAACAUGUCCUAGCUUGUUAGUCCGUCUGCCAUUGCCUUAUAGAAUUGGGGAGAAGUCCAACCAAGGAAAUGCCGACGAAAAAGUUCUCUGCGAAGCGGGCACAUAUGCCUGGCUUCAACAAGACUGUCCGGAGGUUCCAGUCCCACGGCUUUACGGGUUUGGCUUGUCCACCGGCCAGAAGUUCACUCCUCUUGAUAGACUACCCUUCUUGGCUCGGGUUGUCGAAAACCUCCGCCGUUGCAUAUUGCGUUUUCUGGGAUACCCAACUCCAUCUGCCUAUGUCCCCCACAAAAGCAGGUUGGGAGAAUGCCUGGACGUUGGAUAUUUGUUGAUUGAGUAUAUUGAUAGGUCACGAGGAAAAAUGUUGUCUGAAUCGUGGGAGGAAGGUCGUCACAAUCCUCAAUUGCGUGGAAACCUCUUUCGCAGCUUAUCGAGCAUCAUGCUCGCUGUAACACGCGUCCCACAACCGAAAAUUGGCUCUUUCAUCUUGGACGAUCAAGGAUUCCUCAGAUUGCGAAACAGGCCGCUUACUCUUGAGAUCCAAAGCCUGGAAAACGAGCAAAUUUUUGUGGAUAUCCCUCGAGACCUUACAUAUUCAAGUGCUGAUUCCUACGUUAACGAUAUACUCGCAUUUCACGAGAGUCGCCUCAAGCAUCAGCCUAAUGCAGCCAACGAUAUCCAAGAUUGUUUAUUCCAGAUGGUCGCGCUAACAUUAAUGAGAACUGUCCGACAAUGUUUCUUCCGAGCAGAGCUUCGUUGCGGUCCUUUUUACAUGAGCUUCACCGACCUACACCAAAGCAAUAUCUUUGUUGACGACAACUGGAAUAUUACAUCCCUAGUUGAUCUCGAAUGGGCUUGCUCUCGUCCAGCUGAAAUGGUUCAUCCGCCGUACUGGUUGACAGGUCAGUCUGUCGAUGAGAUUGACCCUGCUGAGUAUGAAAAUCUACAUGCAGAGUUUCUGUCGGUUCUCGCCGAAGAAGAACUCAAACAUUCCUCUCCACGCAAAUUGCAUCUCCACCGCAUCAUGGAAGAUGGCUGGAUCAAAGGUACUUUCUGGUAUGCACUUGCUCUCGAUAGCCCGACAGGUCUUUUUCGGAUUUUCUACGACCACAUACAACCAAGGUUCUCGAAAGAUCAUAUCGACAAUGCGGCAUUUUUCCGAAUCAUCAUGGAUUACUGGGAAGUUGGUGCACACAAAUUCGUACACAAAAAAGUUCAGGACAAAAAGCAAUACGACAAGCUUUUACUUGAGGCGUUCACCUCGUCUUCCUAGGUCUCACGCCUUCCACUCGCCUCCUGCUGAGUAUCAGGGUUGCCACCACCACUCUGCUCACGUUCCUGAGCCUCGAGCUCUCUUGCAGCAAUGUCAAGGGAUGCCAAGGCAUUUCUCAUCCGUCUCUGCUGUGCAUUUCGACCUGAGGAUGAGAGUUGGUUGAGAGUUUUGGGAUCGGCCUUGAUGCCAACUUUCGCUUCUUCAAUCGUAGCAUUAUAACUUGAGUCUGAUCGACGAUCACUCAUUUUCGUUCUGGGUUCUACAAGAUCAGGAGGAUUAACAAUCUCUUCUCUCAUAUUGAGUAAUCAAACCUACGAGAUACUGUAGUGGCCGUGUCUUAGGUACGGAUUUGAAAUAAAUCCAAAAGAUAAAUCAAUU